GUUUAUAAAAUAUAUAACAGUGCAUGAAGAAUCAGAAAAAACUGAGAUAAGUAUUAAAUCUUUUAAAUGUCCAAUGCAGAUAGCUCUUCAAAAUGAUAACUUGGAAGAUAUACUUGAAAAUAUGUGUAAGAUCAUUGAGACUAAAAGUAUAGAGUUUGAGGAUAGAGAUUCUGGAUGGACGCUAUUUUGUAUAAAACAUAUUGAAGUCAAUAUUAACGAAUAUAAACCCUUAAGGGGUUCAAGUUACUUAAAACUACCGAAAAGUAUUGAGUUGAAAAAAGCCUGUGUUAAUGUGCAAAAUAAUGAUAAAUUCUGUUUCAAAUGGGCAGUUAUAUCAGCUCUUUCCCCCAUAGAUAACCAUUCGCAUAGAGCUAGUAAAUAUCGGAUUGAAAACAUUCAAAACGAAGUGAUAAGUUUAAUGAAUGGAACUAUAGUUAACUUUACAAAUUUAGUUUUCCCUUUGAAACUUAAAGACAUUUUGAUUUUUGAAACUCUAAACCCUGCAAUAAGUGUAAAUGUGUUCGGAGUAGAAAAAAAUGGAACUGGAGAAAACUAUAGAGUUGUAGGUCCAUAUUAUAAUUCCAACCAUAAGAGAGACCUACACAUAAACUUGUUACUUAUACAAGAAGGCGAAUACAAUCACUAUGUGUGGAUACAAAAUAUGUCCAGAUUAAUAGGAGCUCAAAUAAAUCAUGAUAAAGGAUUUGAGAAGCAUGAAACUGAAUGUAACAAAAUUGUGACAGCCCUACCAAAUGAGACAAAUAAUAUACUACAGUUUGAGCAUCAAUCGAGGUCACUCGAAGUACCAUUUGCCAUCUAUGCAGAUUUUGAAUGUAUGCUGGUGAAUAUUGAUAGCUGCCAACCUGAUCCCUCAAAAUCAUCGACUACAUCGAUUAAAAAACAUGUGCCGAUUGCUGUUUCAUACUUUAUCAAAUGCUCAUUUGAUCCAUCUCUAAAUAAAUUGUUUAAAUACACCGGUAAGUAAAUUUGUUUUAAAGGAUUUAUCUCUUAUGCUAUAUGAAAAUUAUGAUCGCUCUCUCUAGGUGAAGACUGUGCACGAGUUUUUGUUACGAACUUAAUUGAAGACUCCAAACAUAUUCAUCGACAUCAUUUGAGUAAGAAGAUUAAAAUUAAUAUAACACCCCAGGAUGAAAUCAAAUUUCAGCAGACAACAAGAUGUCAUAUUUGUAAGAAGUCAGUAUGGGGCGAUGUAAAGGUACGAGAUCAUGAUCACUUGACUGGUAAAUUCAGAGGAGCAGCGCAUUCAAAAUGUAACUUAAACUAUAAGAUACCUAAAUUCAUUCCAAUUUUUUUCCAUAAUUUAACCGGUUAUGAUUCUCAUUUAUUUAUAAAAGAGCUGGGUAAUAUCAAAGGGUUUAUCAAUAUUAUUCCUCUCAAUAAAGAGAAAUAUAUAUCCAUAUCAGCAAAACUAUUAAUAAAUAGUGAGCAGAGCGAGUUUCUAGAAUUACGGUUCUUAGACUCAUUUAGAUUUUUACCUUCAAGUAUAGAUAAGAUAGCAAAAUCUCUUAAUGAAAAAAAAGAUUUUAAAAUUUUAUCAACAUUUUUCAAAGAUGAUGAAUCUAUUCAACUUAUGACUCGUAAGGGUGUUUUAUGCUAUGAUUAUUUAGAUUCUAUAGAAAAAUUAAGUGAGACGGAGCUUCCUCCAAUAGAAUCAUUUAGAAAUUCUUUGGUUGAAGAGGAUUGUAACCAAGAUGAUUAUAAUCAUGCUGAGAAAGUUUGGUCACAUUUUAAAUGUAGUAAUUUAAGAGAAUAUCUUGAACACUAUUUAAUUACAGACGUCUUAAUUUUAGCAGACAUUUUUGAAAAAUUUAGAAUUGAUUCUAGAACAAUUUAUGGUCUAGAUCCCUGUCACUAUUAUACAUUGCCAGGUUUUUCGUGGGAUGCUAUGUUGAAAGAAACAGGUGUUAAGCUUGAACUUUUGACAGACAUCAACAUGUAUAACUUUUUCGCUAAGGGUAUAAGAGGAGGUUUAACACAAUGUAGCUUGCGACAUUGUAAAGCAAAUAAUAAAUAUAUGGUUGAUUAUGAUUCAAGUAAACCAUCUGAUUACUUAAUGUACUUGGAUGCUAAUAACCUAUACGGUUGGGCCAUGUCUGAUUACCUCCCACAUUCAAACUUUAAAUGGGUUGAACCUCCAACUAAUUUAGAUGAUAUUAAAGGCUGGUUAAUUUCAAAUAUAAACAUUGGUUAUGUUUUAGAAGUGGAUCUCGAGUACCCCCUAGAAAUACAUGAUAAUCAUAAUGAUCUUCCAUUCUGUCCUUCAAACAUUUCAUUGUCUGGUAAAUCCGAUAAAAAAUUAAUUGCUGAUUUGAAUAAUAAAGUUAAUUAUAUAAUUCAUUACAAAACAUUAAUUCAAUGCCUUGAUAAUGGUUUGGUGCUUAAGAAAAUUCAUAGAGUGAUGCAAUUCAAACAAUCUCAAUGGCUUAAAAAAUAUAUUGAUUUAAACAAUGAACUAAGAAAAAAAGCCACCACAAAGUUUGAAAAGGAUCAACGUAAACUUUGCAAUAAUGCUGUAUUCGGAAAAACUAUGGAAAAUGUAGACAAACGAAAAGAUGUUCGAAUUGUCGAUUCUAUAGAAAGCAAAGGUACCCAUCUCGGUAGUCGCGCUCUUAUAGCUAAACCUAAUUUUCAUAGCAUAUUAGAAUUUUCGGAAACCAUGGCUGCUAUUCAGUUAAAACGAAUUCACAGUGUAUAUAAUAAGCCUAUAUACUUAGGUUUUUGUGUUUUGGAGAUUUCAAAGUAUAAAAUGUACGACUUUCAUUAUGCAUACAUGAAACCUAAAUUUAAUGACAACCUAAAUCUGGCCUACAUGGAUACCGAUUCAUUUAUUUAUAAAAUAAGAACAGAUGAUUUCUAUAAUGAUAUAAGAAAUGAUAUAAUAGAUAAAUUUGAUACUUCAGACUAUCCACACCAAAACCGCUAUGGUAUUGCCCAGCUCAAUGUUAAAAAGUUAGGAUUUAUGAAGGAUGAAAAUAAUGGUCUAAUAAUGAAGGAAUUUAUAGGAUUAAGAGCUAAAAUGUAUAGUAUAGACAUAGAAGAUGCAGCUCUAAUAAAAAAGGCUAAGGGUGUUAAAUCAUCAGCUGUAAAAAAAAUGUCUUUACAAAAUUACAGAGACUGUUUGCUACACAAACAAAACUUCUAUAGUAAAAUGUUGAACUUUAGAUCUAAACAUCAUACUAUAUACACUGAAUGUAUAAACAAAUUAAGUUUAAGUUCUUCUGAUAACAAAAGAUUUAUAUGUAGCAAUAAUGUAAAUACACUAGCUUGGGGUCAUUUUCGAAUAGAACUUGAAAAUGACAUAUAAAACUGAUCUAAAUAAAAA